AUGGAGAGUGAUCUUCAAAAGGCUAAAUCUUUGCGCCUUAAUCGUAGAGGAGACAGAAGUAAUCAAAAUCUUCAAGCCAAAGAUUUUGAAGUGGGACUCUUUUCUUCGGGGAGGGUACCCCAAGAUUACCCCAUGAAGAUUGUUUGGAAGAAAGGGUUUAUUCGAUUGGUUCUUGUAGGAGGGAUCUUGUGGAUGUUGUUAAUUCUUAUUGCAUUGUUGUUUCAUGUCUGGUCUUGUCAAACUUCUGUCUCCUUUUUAUCAGCCAUGUGUAACAAAAAUAGCAAGGUUUACACCAUGUUAGACACUAUGGGACUUGUAACAAAACCUCACAGAUGUCCGAUUCCUGUUUCCAGUGACCCUGAUAAAAUAGUUAUCCCUACUGGAAGAACUUCUGACGAAAUUGUCAAAAAUUUAUUGUAUGUUACCGAAGAUGAGGUUAAUAGUUCCGAGACGUCCCCUUUAUUUGGAGGCCAUAUUAGUUGGAAACAGAGGGAGGAGAGUUUCAAACUGAAGUCAAAUAUGAAGGUGCACUGUGGAUUUAUCAAAGGCGGCGGCGCUGAAAUGGAUCCUGUAGACAUUAAAUAUGUUGAGAAAUGCAAAUUUGUCGUUGCAUCUGGCAUUUUUGACGGCUAUGAUAUACCUCAUCAGCCGUCAAAUAUAAGCCUCCGCUCAGAGAAACUUUUUUGCUUUCUUAUGGUUGUGGAUGAGGUAUCUCUGAAAUUCAUGAGGGAAAAUACUACCGUGAAAGAAGACAAUGCUGGUGGAAAAUGGGUGGGAAUUUGGCGACUUGUUCUUCUUAAGAAUCAACCUUAUGAUGAACCAAGAAGGAACGGGAAGGUUCCUAAAAUAAUAACACACAGAUUGUUUCCUCAGGCACAGUACAGUAUAUGGAUUGAUGGUAAAAUGGAGCUGAUAGUUGAUCCAUUGCUUAUCCUUGAGAGAUACCUAUGGCGAGGGAAGCAUACAUUUGCAAUUGCUCAACAUAAGCAUCAUCGUAGUAUAUACGAGGAAGCUGAUGCAAACAAGAGGCGAAAGCGAUACGCGCGGCCCCUUAUUGAUCUCCACAUGAAAAUAUAUUAUUACGAGGGGAUGCAACCAUGGAGUUCAAAUAAAAAGACUAUUAGUGAUGUACCAGAGGGAGCAAUUAUAAUUCGAGAACAUACUGCAGUGAAUAACUUGUUUAGCUGCUUGUGGUUUAACGAGGUUCACCUCUUCACGCCGAGAGAUCAACUGAGUUUUGGCUAUGUUGCAUACAGAUUAGGCGAUGCUUUCAAUUUCUUCAUGUUUCUGAACUGUGAAUACAAUUCGAUAUUUGUGUUGCAUCCUCACACAAGAGAGCACUCUUCUCCCAUAGAAUGGGUGAAAGAGUUGGAUCAACUUAAAAAGAAUAGCAAUUUAAAAGAAAGUAGGGGAGGAUUAGGCUUGUUUACACCUUAUCCCGGGGAUCUUAGUUCAGUUGUUCUGCCACAAGUAACAAGAACAUCGAAAGCUGGAUGA